AUGCCGCAGAUCGACGUACAGUACGUUCUGGUCGGCGUUAAAAUGAGAAAAACGGUGGCAAGUUUAGAUCCAAAAACCGACACCCGUUCCAACCGAGGCGCGAGGCGCUGGAUGCCGCUGCGCUUGGCCUACACUAAGGCCUACCGCGCUGGAUAUUCUCAACCACCCGCUGCAGUUGAAUCUAGCCCUACGCCUCAGCUUACUCAUCUUGUCUACCUUGUGCUAUCGUCAAGGCCGCGAAGCGCUUUGCGGCCACGCGAGUGUCGACGGAAAUUGGUAUGGACCAUCGUCAUGGCUGAUUGGGAGGCGACCUUGCCAUCAUCACCGCAGCUUUGGUGGACUGCGGCCCAGCAGGUUGAACAACAUGAUGAGGUCAAGACGAAACCCGUUCAUGCAAACUUCAUCUUGUGUAACAACAUGAGCCCACAAAGUCACGGUGAAGCUCCUCUAAGCUAG